AUGAUCAACGAAGUCGACAUGGACGGAAACGGUCAGAUCGAAUUUCCUGAAUUCUGUGUGAUGAUGAAACGAAUGAUGAAGGAAACCGACUCAGAAAUGAUCCGUGAAGCAUUCCGUGUGUUCGACAAGGACGGCAAUGGAGUCAUCACAGCUCAGGAAUUCCGAUAUUUCAUGGUUGGUUACUUUCUGGGAUUUUCAAUACACGUCAUACAUUUCACACAUUUGAUGUACUGCUGCCAAAGUGCAAGGGGAUCAGCAGAAGAAUUUUGUAUGCCCACGGCCAUUUGCGUGACGACGUGA